AUGAGUUUGAAUACUUACCAAUUUGAUCAAGUUAGAGUUAGGAAUAAGCUUGCUCGUAUGGUCAUCAUACAUGAAUAUCCCCUUUCAAUAGUUGACCACAUUGGGUUUAGAGAAUUUGUGGCUGAUCUUCAACCUAUGUUUAAACUUGUCACAAGAAAUACUUUGAAGAGUGACAUUCUUAAAAUCUAUGAUAAUGAGAGGGAGAAAGUUUUGAAGAUGACAGACAAGAAUGGAAAUAGGAUGACAAUUACAAUUGAUACGUGGACUUCAAGUAACAAAAAGAGAGGAUUUGUUUAUGUUCCUUCUCCACACACGAAAGAUGUCCUUGCUGAAGUCCUUGUUGAUUUUUUUUUAGAGUGGAACAUUGAUAAGAAGUUGUCCAUAAUAACUGUUGAUAAUUGUAGUACUAAUGAUGCCAUAAUAAGACUUCUCUUGAAUAAGCUUGAUAUUAGUUCUCUUAUGUUGGGUGGGUCUAUGUUGCAUAUGAGGUGUGCUGCACAUAUUUUGAAUUUGAUUGUUCAAGAUGUAUUGUCUCUUAUUGGUGAUGGUACUGAAAUGAUUCGUGAUAGUGUGAUUUAUUGGACUGGAUCACCAAAAAGGAGGCAGAAAUUUGAAGAAAAUGCACGUCAAUUGCGUAUUCAAUACACCAAAGAGUUAGUCUUAGAUUGUAAAACUCGUUGGAAUUCAACUUACUUAAUUCUUUCUACUGCAUUGAUUUAUAAAGAUGUUUUCCCGCAUUUGGCCAAACUUGAAACAUUUUAUACUUAUUUGCCAUAUGAUUAUGAUUAA